AUGAGUGCAUUGACGCUGUCAUUCAACGUUCGUUUUUCAUUUAUCAACGGGCUAAGCGUUAUUACCUACCCAGAGACAAUUGACUCCCAAGAAAAUCAGGAGAAAUUGGCACAAGAUGUCUUGCGUUAUCUCAACACGUCUUCAGAACUGAAAGACGACACGUUGCAGGCUAUAUCUGUGCAGAACUACAGCUUGACAGGAAUUUAUCUUCUGAUUUCCUUCCGGUGUGACUUAAAACCCGACUCGUCACUGACCGAAUCUAAUCUGGAGAACAUUUUCAUGGAACUCCUUCCCAGCUCACGGCUUAUUGAACCAGACCAUGAAGUUACUCCCGAGGAUAUCAAUGAAUGUGAGCUAUCUACGGAUGUGUGUAGUAACGGUAACUGUACAAAUACAGACGGUAGCUAUUUUUGUACCUGUUCUGUAGGCUUCCAACUCGGAAACGGGGAUGCUUCUUGCAUAGAUAUCAAUGAGUGUCUCGGGAAUCAUACAUGCAACCAAACGUGUAUCAACUCACCUGGAAAUUACUCGUGUUCUUGUAAUCCUGGCUUUGAGCUCGAUGAUGAUGGGUUUACAUGCAGCGAUACCAAUGAAUGUAAUGCAACAGACGUGUGUAGUAACGGGAACUGUACAAAUACAUAUGGAAGCUACUAUUGCACUUGUGAUGACGGUUUCACUGGAACUGGAAAUGAUUCUUGUAUAGAAAUCGAUGAGUGUGAAUCGAAUCCUUGCCAAAAUGGAGCAACUUGCAUAGACGGGGUCAACAUGUAUAACUGUACCUGCGCACCUGGUUAUACUGGAACCAAUUGCACAAUAGCUACAACUACCACACAACCUAGACCAACUAUUCCAGAAGAUACUAGUGCUACAACGACUUCUGUUUCUGAUUCUACCACUUAUCUAACAACGAUCUCUUCAUCUGAAAUAGCCGCCACCACCACCACUACAACUGCCACCACCGCCAUCGAGGGCCCGUCAGCUACAACUACCACACAACCUAGCACAACAACUCCAGAAGACACAAGGCCUACAACUGCUUCUGUUUCUGAUUCUACCACUCAUUUAUCAACUAUAACUUCACCUGAAAUAACCACAACCACCACCACCGCCACCGAGAACCCGUCAGCUACAACUACCACACAAUCUAGCACAACUACUCCAGAAGACAAAAGGUCUACAACUACUUCUGUUUCUGAUUCUACCACUCAUUCAUCAACUAUCACAUCGCCUGAAACGUUCGUGAGCAUCAUCAGGAUAGAGAUCACAGCCAACAGACGAAGUGGUACAGUGCUUGUAUUCACAGAAGAACUUAAUGAUCGGUCUACAGACGCUUUUACGGAUUUGGAAGAUGUCUUUUGUGGAGCGGUUUCAACGUAUUUGAAUGUAAGCUUGAAAUCAGCUCAGCUCAUUAGUAUCACGUGUGAGGUAGUCUCUUUCCGAAAUGGUAGUGUGAUUGGUGAUCUUCGAAUCGGGCUUGCAGCACCAUCUCAGGAUUCCGCUGAUAGUCUUGCUCAAUCAGCCACAGACCUGUCACCUGCGAAUGAGACAUUACCCUAUCUAGACGAUUCUCUUUACGUCGAAGAGUUAGCCGUAGACAAUACCGAUAAAUGUGAGAACAACCCCUGUAAAAAUGGAGGGAACUGCACGGAUGAAUUCAAGACGUUUAGUUGCGCAUGCCAGGAGGAUUACACAGGAAAAGACUGUUCAACAUUCUCUGGUAGGACUGGCCUAUCACCUGGUGCUAUUGUUGGAAUCAUACUAGGUGCUAUGUCGGGAGCUCUGAUAUUCGUUAUCUGCGCAUGUUUAAUGAUGGUCCAGACAGUCCGUCGUAAUCAGGCAAAAAGGAUGGUGAGGGGGAUGCAGAAGCCUAGCAACUACUAUAUCUCCGAGCACCGGCGUAUAUUCGUUGACCGAUGGUCGGAUCGUUCAUCAGACGAUUACUCGAUUGAAACUUCUCUUGAUCGUCAACAGUAUGAUAUCGGUAGAGCUGUUGAUCGGAUAAGACAAUAUCAAGGCAUGGAUAACCCCGGAAGUGAAAUAAGUUAUUAUCGGAGACCCGGUGCUUCAGACAACUUUGCUCUACCUUAUGUAGCUGAUGGCGAGAGAAGCUUUGCCAGCCGUGAAAGCGCCAUCGAACGGAACCCGUUAAACUACAGCUACUAAAAGCGCAUCUGCAAACAGUCCAAGCACUUUUUAUCUUUUUUUAUUUGAACUCAAGCCAGAUGAAAUAAAUUGGUACCCGACAGGAUGGUUUCCUUGAAGGCACUAAGCAAUGGAAACAGCCGACCUAAAACCGGGGUAAUAAAAACAACAGUGCACCACGGAAUAGAUUUAUCAUCUACAAUGAUUAUACAAAUGCGUAUUCAUUGUCACCCAAAUCGAUAUUAGAACUGUUCUAAUUAUCAUGGAAUAAACCUGUUUUGUUAGCUAAGCGUUUCUAAGUGAAUUCAAUUAUUCAUUUUUUUUUAUUUUGUUGUAUUCGUGCAGGAACGUCCUUAGCACAUUUCUGCGCAUCCCAUCGGUGAAGAAACGCCGUUGCGAAACGCCCUUCUGCGCUCAUGCAAUAGACCAGUUCGUAGUUACUUCAUGGACAAUUUUGGUCAACUGACCUUUCAUUUCUUUCAU